AUGUUACGUCUAAAUGUAGCCAAACGCAAACAGGCAAUUAAUGUUGUCAAAGAGUUGGACGCCUUUCCAAAGGUCCCGGAGGAUUAUGUAGAAAAAUCCUCAACUGGAGGGGGAAUAUCCGUCAUAACGUUUGCCUUCAUUCUUGUCCUGAUUAUAUCUGAGAUUCGCUACUACAGUAGCUCCGACCUGAGAUUCUCGUAUGAAGUUGAUACUGAAUUUGACAAAAAACUACAGCUGAAUAUUGAUAUGACUGUUGCCAUGAGGUGCAGUGCAAUAGGAGCAGAUAUAGUCGACCAAACUGGACAGAAUAUUGACAGUUUUGGGUCUUUAGAAGAAGAAGAUGUGCAUUUUGAGCUUUCCCCCGAUCAAAGAACCUAUCAAGAAAUGCUGCAGCAUGUUAACAGCUAUAUGAGAGAUGAGUACCAUGCCAUUCAGGAUUUCAUAUGGAAGACUGGUUAUAGUGGAAUAGGAGAGAAACCUAUUAGGGAAGUUGCCCCGUCUGGGCCUAGAGACUCCUGUAGACUCCAUGGCUCAUUUAUUCUGAAUAAAGUAGCUGGGAACUUCCAUGUGACUGUUGGACGGUCAGUUCCAGUUAUUCCAAGAGGCCACGCCCAUUUAGCAAUAAUGGUGGAACCCUCUGAAUAUAAUUUCACACACAGAAUUGAUACAUUCUCCUUUGGGACACCAACCCCAGGGGUAAUAAACCCUCUGGAUGGAGAUGAAAUUGUCACCACUGAUAACAGACAUGUUUUUCAGUAUUAUAUUAAGGUUGUGCCCACCACAGUACAGACUCUGCAGUCAAAUAUUGACACAUAUCAGUAUGCUGUGACAAUGAGAAAUAGGACAAUAAACCACUCAGCAGGGAGUCACGGAACCCCUGGUAUUUUUGUGAAGUACGAUAUGUCUCCAAUCAAGGUGAAGGUCACAGAAGAGAGGCGACCAAUCUGGGAGUUUCUUGUUCGACUCUGCGCCAUUGUUGGUGGGAUAUUUGCAACGUCUGGAAUCAUUCACAAUGUCUCAGGAUUUCUUGUAGAUUUGAUAUGUUGUAGAUAUAAAAUUGGAAAAUACACUCCUGUUAAAAGAUCUUUUGAUAGUGCUCCACAGCAGAGUGUUCCAUCUUGCAAUCUGAGUACUGAUGAUCUAACAAACUCUGUUCCUCAAGUGUCUCUUGUGCCAGGUGGACAAGAAACAUGA